AUGCAGGACGAGAACGCUAUCGAGGCGCAACAUAGUCCGCGCGGCAUGAAGACUACAUCGCACCUGAAAAACAAACCAGAAGGUGCUGCCGAAGGCAUGCCACCGCAAAAGACACAAAAAACCAGUCAUGUGAACAACAAGCUCACAAAAUCCCAAACAUCCGUCGGGACCGAAAAGUCCAGCCGCCUUGUCCAGACACGUCUCAAUGUACCAUCCAAGCCGCAACACCAAUCUCCCUCAUCCGAGAAAGAGGAUUCACUACCUGCAGCAACCGCACAUGAAUCAGAGACCCUCAGGACGCUGCAGAGUUCAAUCGAGACACUCAAGGAAUCAAUCGCACAGCUUCAACGCCAGUUCAAGCAAGAGAGAGACACCUUUAACCAUGCGCGCCAGACAAUGCAAAAGGAGCAGGAUGAGCUUAUGGAGCAGAUCGGAGAUGCGGAGCAGGAAAUGGAGGAACUUCAGGGUACCAUUGCAAAUCAAAUCUCCGAAAUUCAGAAGCAUGAGGACAAAGUGUUUGAGUUGCAGAAGCAGAUUGAUGAGAGAAGCGAUGAAAUCAAACGACUGCAGAAGUAUGUGGAGGAGUUCGAGGAUGAGACUUGCAGGAUACUGAUGUAUAACGAGUUCGAGGAGUUGACGCUCGAUAUUGAAAGACUGAGGGAGGCGAUCGGCGAGCAGAUGGCGAUUCUGGGGGGGAUGCAUAACCAGGUAGAAGCAGUGGAAUAUGAAACCGAUGCCUUGCAUAGUAGGGAUUUGAAGGGUCUGCUGGAGGAGAAGGACUAUUAUAUUUUGGAGCUAGAACAGGCAUUGGAGCCACAGAGUCUUGAUAUGGGGAUUGUGCUCAAUAUGUCAAUUGAAGAAGAGUUUGAAGCGCUCAGGCGGCAAGCCCAAUUGACUAAGGAUCUGGAUAAGGAGGCGGCCAAGGCUCAGGCCCGACUUAAGAUCAGAUUCGAGAAGGAAUGGAUGUCCUUGGAUCGCCAACAUACUGUGAAUAUGGAGCAAUUCACAGUGAAGAUCGAGUCUCACAAGACGCGAUUGAACAAGCUGCAUAAGAACAUUAAAAGCGCCAAGGAAACGCUUGCUGUUUCGGAGCAGGACUUCAAAGAAGCGGAAGCAGAGCGUUUGCAAGUCCUGACAAGGAGCAAGGCAUUAGAACAGGAGAUCGAAGACGUGCGGCGACAAUUGGCCCACUACCUAUGA